CUCUCCCCUCACGUCUCAUGCACCAGAACACCUUCCCAUAGCCCACUAGCACCCAUGCUAAAGCUCUUGGCCCUUGGAUUUGCUGCCUCACGGAGUCGCCCUAGCCCCGACGCCGAAAAGGGGUCGUCCGUGCUCGAGGACCGGGUCAUCACCGAGUCGCCAGUCCCCGACGAAUCCGACGAAGAUGAUGCGGAGGGUGACCAGGGAGAAGAUGAGCUUGAAGAAGAGCAUAACACUCACGACAUCAUUCAUGACAUGGAAGUGGAACGGCAGGAGGUCGGCGUGCCCGAGAAUCCGCCCCUGCGCCGGGGCCGCACAUAUUCUUCGUCCAUAGUGACGCUCCCGUAUUCGACAAGCACAUCCCCUUCCUGGUGGACAAAGCUCAAAGACCUGAUCCUUCCCAAGACAACGACGCAAGAUCUCGACUCGUACAUCCCUACUUACCGCUACACCCCCAUCAUCUCCGGAAUCAUUAUUCCUUUUUCGAUCUUGCUUGAAAUUCCUGGCCUGACCGAGCGGUGGUAUAUCCGCACCGAAAACAACCAAGUCGUCGACACCCAGCCCAAUCCUGCGAUCCUUAAUAUCGGGCUUGGAGUCAGCAUGGCAUGUGCCCUGGCGGCAAACAUGUGUCUUGUCGUCCGGUUCCUCGAAAAGAAGGUCAAACUCAUGACCAUCGGCUGUAUCAUCUUCUUGACCAUUCACGAUUUGAUUAACAUCACGGCUGUUACGAUCUUCGGUAUUGAGCACAGAUUUAACGACGGUUUCACCUAUGGCCAGUCGUUCUGGAUUACUGUCUGUUCCACGGCUGUCUCCUCAUUCACUAACCUCACCUUGAUCACUGAUCUCGUGAGGACACCUGAUUUCGAGCAUAGCGGCAGCGGUCUGACUCGCAGGCAACGUUCCUUGGCGAUCGUUGUCAUCCUCUUGCUCACGUAUAUUGCCCUGGGCGCACUGAUCUACUCCUAUCUGCUGCACUUGAAUUUUAUCGAUGCUAUGUACUUCACUCUGGUGACGAUUGAAACCGUUGGUUUUGGCGACAUUUCUCCGAAAACGGCCGGUGCUCGGGUGUUCACUUGCUUCUACGCCGUGUUCGGAAUCCUGAUCAUCGUGCUUGAGGUUGGACUGAUGCGCGAGACCGUCCUUGAAGGUCUUGAAGUCGGUUACCGGAAACGUGUCCAAGCUGUGCGCCAGCGACGAAAGAUCGGCCGAUGGAAGCGCCGAGUGUCGAAUAGAUGGCGAGAAGCUGUUGAAUGGAGGCUGCGAGAGGGAGGGCAUCCAGUCUGGGUCAAAAAUAAGCGCCGCGAAAUCUCGGACGGUUGGUGGCUUACCUUGGUUGAUUUCUUCGCGGGUUUUUCGUGGUGGCGAGGCGACGGAGACACUCAGUCUACUAUCAGUUACGGAAGUGGGUUCAUGACCGGACUAGGAUACGGUAGUCAUCCGCAUGGAAUGCAUCUUAAUCUACGAGCCCUCACGUGGAAACAGCUCGAAGCAGCCGCGAUGGAAGCCGGUGUGCCUCUCGAUAUGCUACUCCCCGAGGGCUAUCGAGAGGAACGUGGACCGGCGCGUGACAGUGCCCCAGACUCGCCGGACUCGCCCCACGCACAUGUGCCUAUACAGGCAGAUGCCGACGUCCCGCUCACAUACACUCGUCUCGGCCAUAUGGUAGCCAUGCUCGGCGCAUUUGCACUCGCCGUGAACAAGUCUAGCCACUUGUGCCACAAGGCAGCCGAAGCUCCCACCGGCGGUCGACCGGCCCCUCUUCCCACGCCAAUGUUCAAGCCAAGUCUGACGUCCCAGUACGACAAGUAUCGCUCAUCGAUGGAGAAGGAAGAGACCAAAGCGUUCUAUGCGCGGUUGACUGUUGUUUGGGCGCUGUUCAUCAUGUUCUGGAUCGUCGGGUCACUGAUAUUCCGGAAAACCGAAGGUUGGAGUUUCGGCGUGUCCAUCUAUUUUUGCUUCGUUGCGUUCACGACGAUCGGAUUUGGCGACUACUCGCCCCAGACUCCGACCGGUCGCUCGAUAUUCGUUGUGUGGGCACUUUUGGGCGUGGGAACCAUGACUAUUCUUCUUUCCGUUAUUUCCGAGGCAUUCUCGUCCAAGUACCACACGGUGCUGUACGCUGGAGUUUUUCAACGCGCUGUGAAACGAUACCACGAACGAGCCCGCACACUCGCCGAUAAAGCGCGCAGGGGCGUGAAAGCAGGCAUCCGCCGACCCGGUCUUUCCGAGCACAUCUCCUCUGAAGAGCUGCACCAGCGCGCGCAGGUCCAACUGGAGGCUUUACCGCACAAGAUACUGAACGAAGCAAAAACCUUCCACGAGCACGUGUCUUACUUUGUCGGACUCGGUCCAAACGGGAAGCCGGGCGUCGAUGUGGGAGACGAACUGCCGCCCGGGCUGCAGAAGCUCAUGGAUGAGAUCACUGGAGCAGAGAAGCUUGGUGAACGAGUCAAGCGGGAGAUUCUGCAGGACGAAGAUGCUCGACAUACUUUGUUUACCCUAAGCAUAGAGCAGGCUCUGCGCAAAAUGAUCAACUCUGCAGAAGCUGCGAUUCAGGCUCUUGAUGAGCGGGAACAGCUCUUACAGAUGCGCGAGGCGGAAUUAACUGAAAGAGAAGCUGCUGCGACUCUUCAGGUCGAAUCUCGCUCCCAACCGCCUCGUCCUCUUCAAACGGAAGUUCUCACAUUGCCAGAGAAACGCCCAACAGGAAUAAGAUACACGCGAUGGGACACGACGACUUCUUCCGAAUAUUCAGACUGGCGGUAGGCUUGUGGAUUGCAUGUCCAGGGCUAUGGAUUGGGGUAAAUAUGUAUGUGUUAUAACUAUAGGGAUAAUCCCAUGAAAUGUCAUGCGUAUGAAUGGAGAUGUUGAAACCUGACUGGAAUUGGAAUGUACCCUAGUAUCUUUUGG